AUGUUCCAAAGCCGUCAAUCGGUCCGAUUCAGGCAUGUCGCAGCCAACGCAGUCAACGCAAGUCUCCUGCUGCAAUGCAUCUCCCUUUGGCUCCUAACCGCGUCGAGCGCCGUAUACGGACACAGAUACGAGCGGGUACACGUGGCGCACAAGCGCCUGAGAGGCUCGGCAGCGUUGGAUGAAGCAGCAGCGUCCGAGGGGUGGCAGGUGGACGCUUCCCGCGUCGUGCAGAUCUCCAUCCAGCCCCGGGCGUUCGUUUACCACGGAUUCCUCUCCCAUGCGGAGUGUGAUCACCUCGUUGCACUGUCCCAGCAGAAGCUGCUCCGCCCAGGCAUGCUAGCCAACGGCACCUUUCUCCGGAAAUAUCAGGACGAGCGGGUGAGGGCUAUUGAAGACCGCAUUUCAUCGUGGCUCUUCCUCCCGCGCAAGCCCACAGAGCCACAGCUGAUGCGCUACAAUACAGGCCAGCAGUUCGACGUGCAUUAUGACUACUUCCAGCACAAGGAGGACCACCAGGUGCUGCACCGGGCGGCAACGCUCGUCCUCUUCCUCUCGGACGUGGAGCGGGGCGGCGAAGUCACUUUCCCCAAAGGCAAGCCUGAGCGCGAUCAGGACUUUGGGCCCGUCUCAGACUGCGCUAAAGGCCGCAUUGCUGUGAGGCCACGCAAGGGCAAUGCGCUGCUCUACUUCCACCUUUCCCCCAACGGCUACAACGACCCCAGGGCAUACCGGGAGGACUGCCCUCUCCUCCCUCCCUCCCACCCAACACCCACUGUGGGGACGAGCUUGGGGGGGCUUUUUAGGGGAAUGAGGGGCAGCAGUGGGAGCGAUGGCAGUGCUGGUGCAGGAGGCAGCACGGGCGGCGCCGCGGGCGGCGGUGCGGGCGGCAGGCUGGAAGCAAAGUGGACGGCGGAGAAGUGGGUGCACAUGUUCAAGUACAUGACGCGGCGAAGCCUUUUGGACUGUACAGACGAACACCCCAACUGCGCCAUGUGGGCGGCGGGCGGCGAGUGCAAGAGGAACCCAGGGUACAUGGUGGGAGAAGGUGGGUAUGUGGGGAAUUGUCGCAAGGCGUGUAAAGUUUGUAACGACUGA